AUGGGGUCAGUUAGGACGGUUUCAAGCUACGUCUCUUUCCAUUCUCUCUUGGUGACAAAACUCAUCAAUGGGAAAAAAACUCUUCCUCUAGGAUCUAUCACUUCCUGGAAUCAAUUCAAGCAGUCGUUUCUUGCCAAGUUUUUCUCCAACUCUAGAACUGCACGCCUGCGCAAUGAGAUCUCUGGGUUCACUCAAAAGAAUAGAGAAAGGCUUUGUGAAGCCUGGGAACGCUUCAAAAGUUAUCAAUCUCAGUGCCCCCACCAUGGCUUCACCAAGGAGUCUCUCCUCAGUACUCUUUACCGGGGUGUUCUCCCAAAGAUCCGUAUGUUGCUUGACACUGCCAGCAAUGGCAACUUUCUGAACAAGGACGUCAACGAAGGUUGGGAGCUUGUUGAGAACCUAUCCCAAUCUGAUGGCAACUACAAUGAAAAUUAUGAUAGAACCAUAAGGGCAAGCACAGUUCUUGAUGAGAAGUACAAGAAGGAGAUGAAAGCUGUGAAUGAUAAGUUGGACAAGCUAUUGAUGAGCCAGCAGAGGAACAUCCAUUUCGUCUCUGAAGACGACCCUUUCCAGAUUCUGAAUGGGGAGGGAGAACAAUCUGAGCAGAUAAGUUAUGUCCAGAACCAAGGUGGAUACAAUAAGGGAUACAAUCCUUAUAAGCAGAAUCCCAAUCUGUCCUAUUGGAGCACCAAUCUUGCAAACCCCCAGGAUCAGCAAGGUUACCAACCUCCAGCAGGACCACCACCAGGAUUCCAACCUCAUCACGCUCCGCCUCCUCAGGCACCAGACCAUGACAUGAAAAACAUGUUUCAGCAACUCUUACAGGGACAAGCAAGUGGCUCCAUGAACAAUGCUAAGAAGUUUGCUGAGCUGACUCAGAGAUUGGACUGCUCAUACAAUGAUCUAAACAUGAAGAUUGAGACUCUGAAUUCCAAGAUCAAGUAUAUGGAGGGCAAAAUUGCUUCUACUUCUGCCCCAAAGCCUGGCCAACUCCCAGGAAAAGCUGUUCAAAAUCCUAAGGAGUUUUCUCAUGCCAUCACGCUGAGGAGCGAUAAAAACUUGCCUCCCAGACAAGGACCUCAAUCAGAAGUGGUACCUGAAGAAGCUCCUCAACCUGCUGAGAAACAUGCUGAAACACCUGCAACAUCCAAGGAUAAGCCUGCGAGAUACGUUCCCCCACCAUACAAACCACCUCUACCAUUUCCAGGACGAUUCAAAAAGCAGCAAGCUGAGAAGUAUAAGGCUCUAUUUGAAAAUAAAGUGAGAGAGAUUGAGUUGAAAAUGCCAUUGCUGGAUGCAUUCGCACUGGUGAAAAUGCCUUAUCAGAAAUUCCUCAAAGAUUUGGUUAUGGAGAGAACAAAAGAAGUCCAGGGAAUGCUGAUGUCGUUGUUUGUGGCUAAGCGUUUAGGAAUCACAAGAUACAAAGCAUGCAACAUAUCUCUCAUUCUAGCUGACAGAUCAGUGAGGCUCUCGCAUGGACUCUUGGAAGACUUACCAAUAAGGAUUGGUGUUGUUGAAGUUCCUACAGAUUUCGUUGUCUUGGAAAUGGAUGAAAGGCCUAAGGAUCCCUUGAUUCUCGGGAGGCCAUUCCUAGCCACUGCAGGAGCCAUCAUUGAUGUUAAGAAAGGCAAAACUGAUCUAUGCUUGGGAGAAGACUUCAAGAUGACUUUUGACAUCAAAUAG